GCAGACGGCGUGACGUGGGGCUGACUCGGUCAGCUGGCUCCUCCAUCUGAACGGCAGGGAGAGCCUCUCCCAAAGGGAGACAUCACCAUCAACGCCCGACGCAGCUUCACCGGCGGCCCGCCGGAAGAGGAGAAAAACAUGGGCGGAACGCGGCUAUAGUGACGGAUCGGGCCCCAGCGGCAGUGGGGAGACGCGGAUUAUUUAUUCACCUAUUUAUUUAUUUAUUUAUUUCCCCCGCCAGUGUAAUGGCAGGGGUCCAUGGCUGCGGCUGCUGAGGAGCAGGUGCAACAUCAUCGUCGGAGGCUUUUCGUUCCUCGGCAUGGGCUGGGAAAGGGCCGAACCCCAGGCUGGAUCACUCCGUGGGAGGGGGCCAAAGGCUGGGCCGCGGCUGGGGGCCAGAGCCUGCUAAGACUACAACUGAUAAAAGCUCUGUGAAGAUCGGCGUAUUUUAUCCAAUAUGGCCCUUUUACGGCUCAAGGUUAUCCGCACACAGCAGCACGCGUAACCGGCGCAUCUGCAGACCAUGGAAUAAGCGCUUCCUGCAGCCUGUUGGAGGAAAGACUGUAAUAAAAUACCCUCUAUUUCCCACCCUAAGUGCCGACUGGGGUCGUAACACUGUGACAGUCCAGCCUCACAGGCCUGAACAUUUUUUUUUUGGCUUCUAUAGUCUUGUUUGGAUAAACAGAGUGCUGCUGCCACGAUGAUGGAGAUAGACGAGGUGGUGUACCAGGACGACUACGGCUCCGGCACCGUGAUGUCGGAGCGGGUGUCGGGCCUGGCCAACAGCAUCUACCGCGAGUUCGAGCGGCUCAUCCACAGCUACGACGAGGAGGUGGUGAAGGAGCUGAUGCCGCUGGUGGUCAACGUCCUGGAGAACCUGGACGCGGUGCUCACCGAGAACCAGGAGCACGAAGUGGAGCUGGAGCUGCUGAAGGAGGACAACGAGCAGCUCAUCACCCAGUACGAGCGGGAGAAAGCGCUGCGUAAGCAGGCGGAGGAGAAAUUCAUUGAAUUUGAGGACAGUCUGGAGGCAGACAAAAAGGAGCUGCAGAUGCAGGUGGAGCUUUUGGAGCUUCAGGGGAAGCAGCUGGAGCUGAAGACGAAGAACUACUCCGACCAGAUCACUCGUCUUGAGGAGCGUGAGGCAGAGAUGAAGAAGGAGUACAAUGCUCUUCAUCAGCGCCACACAGAGAUGAUCCAGACGUACGUAGAGCACAUAGAGCGGUCCAAACUGCAGCAACCAGGGGGUAACAGCCAAUCAGAAGGCCCCGGCUGUGGACGAACUCAUCGCCACACAUGGAGGAAAAGCAAAGCGGAGCGCCCGCCGUCGCUGAGCCUGUACCCUGGUGGCGAGGGCAUGGAGGACGAAUCGGAGUCUGACUCGGUUGCAGCCACACCCAGCAGCACAGGAAGCAAGUCCAACACGCCCACCUCCUCCGUCCCCUCCGCCACCAUCACCCCCAUCAACGAGGGCUUCCCCCCGCACUGCGACUUCGACAUGAUGCGUGCCGGGAACCGCAGGAAAGGCGCCAAGCGUCUCAGUCGCAACAUGGAGGUGCAGGUUUCCCAGGAAACCAGGAACGUCAGCAUCGGUAUGGGAAGCAGUGACGAAUGGUCCGAAUUUCAGGAAAUAAUCGACUCCACCCCAGAGCUGGAGAUGGGAAUGGAUUCCAGGGUUUAUGGAGGUGGAAACAGUCCUUCUCAAGGGAUUGUUAACGAGGCGUUCGGCAUCAACACGGACUCACUGUACCACGAGAUCAAAGACGCAAAGUCGGACAUCAUCGGGGACGUCGACGCCGGUGCCGAGCUGCUGGGCGAGUUUUCAGUCCGUGACGAUUUCUUCGGGAUGGGAAAGGAGGUGGAAAAUCUUCUGACGGAGAACAGACAGCUUCUAGAGACCAAAAACGCUCUGAACAUUGUAAAAAACGAUCUUAUCGCCAAAGUGGAUGAGCUGUCGAGUGAGCAGGAGGUGCUGAGGGAGGAGCUGGAGGCGGUGCGGCAGUCCAAGAACAAGGUGGACGCCAGAAUCAAGGAGCUGGAAGAAGAAAUCAAGAGGUUAAGAGCAGAAGCAUCUCGGGACUCCAAAGACGAAGUUGUUGAUGACUUUUCGUCGCCUAUGCAGGACGGGGACAUGUCGAUGACCCAGCGGCGCCGCUUCACUCGGGUGGAGAUGGCCCGUGUGCUGAUGGAGCGGAACCAGUACAAAGAGAGGCUGAUGGAGCUGCAGGAGGCGGUGCGAUGGACAGAGAUGAUCAGGGCUUCUAGGGAGAGUCCGCCCAUCCAGGAGAAGAAGAAGUCCACCAUCUGGCAGUUCUUUGCACGCCUCUUCAGCUCCUCGUCCAGCCCUCCUCCCGUCAAGCGACCUUACUCCAACGUCAACAUCCACUACAAGUCGCCCUCGCCGGCGUUCAACCAGCGGCGCAGUCACACCAUGUGCCAGAUCUCCACCUCCAACCGCACGCUGGAGUUCUUCCCUGAAGAACUGGCCAGUAACGGUGUUGCGUCUCUCCUCAGUGACUCGGCGCUGAUGGCGCGCCGAGAGCAGCGGCGUGAGCAGUACAGGCAGGUGCGAGAGCACAUGCGCCGUGACGACGGCAUCAUGCAGGCCUGUGGCUGGAGCGUGCCAUCUCGCCUCAAGCAGACUGGUGGUCAGACGGACGGCGCUAAGGACAGCCCGCUGAAGAGACAACAGACCAAUGAGAAAGAGGAUAACCGCAUGAAGAAUGUGCCUGUUCCGGUGUACUGUCGCCCUCUGGUGGAGAAAGACCCCAACAGGAAGUUGUGGUGCGCAGCGGGAGUCGACCUGACAGGAUGGAGAGUCAGCAGCCAGGAGGCGGCGCCACCCAAAGCACCAUCAGGCAGCGGUGACCCCCUGCAGACUGAGGAGGACCGAGCGGAAAAGAAGAACACGUCACCUGAGAAGAGGAAGUCUAAGGAGCUCCAGGAGACAGACAGCAUGAACAGUCGAGUGUGGAUCCUCACCAGCACCCACUCUGCCAGCAAGGUGGUCAUCAUCGACGCCAACCAGCCUGGUUCUCUGGUCGACCAGUUCAACGUCUGCAACGCACACGUGCUCUGCAUCUCCAGUGUGCCAGCUGCCAGUGAGAGUGAUUAUCCAGCAGGAGAAAUCGUGUUGGAUCCAGGUGAUGGAGGAGCAGGAGGAGGAGAGGACAUGGGUGGCGUGGAGGGCAUGUUGGCUGGCAUCACGCUGGUUGGCUGUGCCACGAACUGCAGUGUUGCCCGUAGCAACUGUUCCUCGCGUACAGACACACCCAUAGUGGAUAAAGGACAAGCCCCCGCCGCUCCCCCCAUAAACGGGAAGAUUCACCCCGCCCAGUCAGCCGAGGAAGCCACGGAGGCCACGGAGGUUUCUGAAUCCACAGCCAGCCAGCCGGAGAUGGGGUCCGGACGCCCGGGGCCCUUCACCGAGCACGUCUUCACCGAUCCUCAGCCUCGUCCGGCAGAUGAUAGGAACGCGGGCCAGUCCAAAGACGAAUCGUCUCAGCCCGCAGAGUCUGAGGAAGGAGGGGAAGAAACCAAAAACUACACCAGCGUGGCCCCCACCAUGUGGCUCGGGGCGCAGAACGGCUGGCUUUAUGUCCACUCUGCCAUCGGAAACUGGAAGAAGUGUCUCCACUCCAUCAAACUCAAAGACUCGGUUCUCAGUCUGGUGCACGUGAAAGGUCGUGUGCUGGUCGCCCUCGCUGACGGGACGCUCGCCAUAUUCCACCGAUCAGAAGACGGCCUGUGGGACCUGUCCAACUAUCACCUCAUGGACCUCGGCCGGCCUCAUCACUCCAUCCGCUGCAUGGCGGUCGUCCACGAUAAGGUCUGGUGCGGCUACAAGAACAAGAUUCAUGUCAUUCAGCCCAAAAGCAUGCAGAUCGAGAAGUCGUUCGACGCCCACCCCCGAAGGGAGAGCCAGGUGCGGCAGCUGGCCUGGAUCGGUGACGGCGUGUGGGUCUCGAUCCGGUUAGACUCCACCCUGCGUCUGUACCACGCGCACACGCACCAGCACCUCCAGGAUGUGGACAUUGAGCCAUACGUCAGCAAAAUGUUGGGUACCGGCAAGCUGGGCUUCUCGUUUGUGCGGAUCACGGCCCUGCUGAUUGGUGGAAACCGUCUCUGGGUGGGGACAGGAAACGGCGUGAUCAUCUCCAUCCCGCUGACAGAGACGGUGGUUCUUCACCGGGGACAGCUGCUGGGGUUGAGGGCCAAUAAAGUGUCUCCUACGUCCUCCGGCGGGGUGAUCCAUGUGUAUGGCGAUGACAGCUCUGAGAAGAGCACCGGCAGCUUCAUCCCCUACUGCUCCAUGGCCCAAGCGCAGCUGUGUUUCCAUGGACACCGUGAUGCUGUCAAGUUCUUCGUAUCCGUACCAGGUAAUGUUUUGGCCACCUUAAACGGCAGCGUUCUGGACAGUCCAUCCGAAGGUCAGAGCACCGCAGCACCCACAGAGACGGAGGCGCAGAGCGUCCAGAACGUGCUGGUGCUGAGCGGAGGAGAGGGCUACAUCGACUUCCGCAUAGGUGAUGGGGAGGAUGAUGAGACGGAGGAAGGUGACAGCGGCGGUGGUGCUUCGCAGAUGAAACCUGCUUUGAGCAAAGCUGAGCGAAGCCACAUCAUCGUCUGGCAGGUGUCCUACGUGCCGGAGUGACGCCUAAAUCUGCUGUAGCAGUACACCUGAACAUCUUAUUGAAGAAACCUCCCUCUCUCUCCUCUCCCGCCCCCAGAAGCUUCAAGCCACUAAAACUUUGUAAUUAUUCCCUGGUCAUGCAAAAGUUCCCUUCUGGCUCUGAAAAUGAAUAAACCCUUCAAGCUGCGCAUCUUUCCUUGUAACUAUUAAACCCCCCGCUACCCCACCACCUUUUAACUUUAAUGCCUUGUAAGUACCUCCUUUGGCCUAGUUAUCUGCUUGCCAUCCUGUGUCUGUCCCACACAGGGCAUUGUAACCAUCCUCAUAAGCCUUGUAACUACCUCCCUCCUCUGUAACCAUCAAAUACUCACCCUGUAAGCACACCUUAUCUCUGACAUUCAGUCUCGGGUGCAUCGAGCCCAGAGCUCCUAAUAAUUUUUGCCAUUAAGUCCGCUAUCUAUGGAAACUUAAAUCUAAAAACAAAAACAAGAAAGGAGAGCAACAGAUACAGCAAUGUGAUGGUAGAUGAAGUUGCAUUUUCCAAAAAGAAAAAAAAAAGAAGUACAUUUUGCCGUUCUUAUGCAAUGAUAUAAGUUAAAGUAAAAUACAUUUGGUCCCAGUGAAAGUAAAUGUUGAAUAAGUUGAGAAAUUAUAUUUAUUUUCCCCCUUGAAAUGCUUUACAGCCUGUUUAGGUCCCGAUUGAAAACAUGCAGCGCCUUGAAAAACUAUUCUUACUCCUUGAGCCUCUCUACAUCUUGUCAUGUUACGACCAUAAAUGUAAUUUAUUGGAAUUUUACAUGAUAAAGCAACAAAUUCAUUUAAAGGUUUCAGAGUAAAAGGAGAGUUCAUGCAAAUCCACAGUGAGGAUUUUAUAAUUAGUAACUCAUCAUUUAUCCUCUUGUCCUCUAGGUGAUUCUUCCCUGUCUGUGCUAAACAAAAGCGUCCUCGCAGCAUGACGCUGCCGCCACCAGGUUUCACGGUGGGUAUGGUGCUUUCAGGGUGACAUGCAACAUUAGUUUACCACAAAACAGCUGUAAUUUUGUAAAGAAAAUUAAAAACAUACAAAUGAAUUCUGUUUACCAAUUAAGUGGUGUUUUUUUUUUUAGGAUUUUUAUCACAAAUUAUCAGAGUAAAAGGUGCUAAAUACAAAUAUAUGCCUCUCAUUUCAAUUACAUUAAAGUUUAUGGAUGUAACGUGACAAAAUGUGGAAGUUAGUAAUUUUUCAAGGCACAGACCUGCUGAGAAAAAUCCUGGAAAUAUGUGAUGCGGCGGCAGCAGUCUGAGACAGGUGAAAGGUCACACCGUUUCCACAUCUACUCAGACUGGUAGUUGAAUAUUUUAAUCCUUCGGUUCAUAAAAGAUUUCCCUCUUUGAUUGGCUGUGGAUCAGAUGCUUUGGUGUGAAGCAGGCAAACAGUGGCAUGCUGUUAUUUUAUGUACAGGGAUAACUGUAAAUGUCCAGACGCACUGAAGCCCAUCCUCUUUGUUCAGUAUGGAAACUCGUGCAUUGAUCUCUAUCUGUGGAUUAAAUAUUAAAACAUAUUUGUGUGCCGAAAGCAA